AGCAAGAGGGAGAGAGAGGGAGGGAGAGAGAGUGAGGGAGUUCAAGCCAAAAUGGCCGACAGAGUCUCUGCUGAUUUCUGAACAUUUGAAAUAAAAACAAAAAGCGAAACAAACAAAAUCAUUUUUGGAUUUUUUUCAUUUCCAUUUCUACCUUGUAUGCCUCAACUCGCUGGAUUUAAGCACUGCUGCACUUUAUGAGAGAGAAGGAGCAAGAAAGGGAAGAACAGUUAAUGGAAGACAAGAAAAGGAAGAAAGAGGAAAAGAAAAAGAAGGAAUCUGCUCAGAAGGUCACAGAUCAAAAAACCAAAGUGCCCGAAGUGACGAAACCAAGUUUAAGCCAACCAGUGGCUGCCAGCCCAAUUGGCAACUCUCCAUCGCCACCAGUCAAUGGUGGCAACAAUGCCAAAAGGGUGGCAGUGCCGAACGGACAACCGCCAAGCGCCGCCCGCUACAUGCCUCGGGAGGUGCCGCCGCGAUUCCGUUGCCAGCAGGACCACAAAGUGUUACUGAAACGUGGGCAGCCCCCUCCGCCAUCUUGUAUGCUCCUUGGGGGUGGAGCAGGGCCUCCUCCCCCAACAGCACCAGGAGCAAACCCAAACAACGCACAACCAGUGACAGGAGCACUGCUGCAGAGCGACAGUGGGACUGCAACAGAUUCAGCAAUUGGAGGUGCUGCUGCUUCAAAUUAUGCAAAUUCCACUUGGGGUCCUGGAGUCUCCUCCAACAGCGGCACCAAUGCCAACCCAACUCCCAUCUGGGACAAGGUGAUUGUAGACGGGUCUGACAUGGAAGAGUGGCCUUGUAUUGCUAGCAAAGAUGCUGAAUCUUCUUCCGAAAACACCACCGAUAACAACAGUGCCUCGAACCCUGGCUUGGAGAAGAACGCUCUGCCAGGAAGCACCACUAGUAACAAAGGAAAAGGAAGCCAGUGCCAGUCUGGAAGCACUGGAAACGAAUGUAAUCUUGGGGCCUGGAAAUCUGAUCCCAAGGCUAAAUCUGUUCAAUCUUCCAACCCUGCUGCCGAGAGUAACAAUGGACUAAGUAAUUGGAGGAACUUGAGUGGACAAGAUAGAAUUGGUCCCAGUUCUGGCUUCAGCAACUUUAACCCAAAUAGCAACCCAUCUGCUUGGCCAGCACUGGUUCAGGAGGGCAAUUCUAGGAAAGGGACUUUGGAACCUGAUAGUGGUAGCUCCAAUGCACAGAUUAGCACAGUAGGUCAGACCUCUAGGGAACAGCAGUCAAAGAUGGAAAAUGCGGGUGUUAACUUUGUCUCUGGCAGAGAACAGGCUCAAAUUCAUAACACUGAUGGACCAAAAAAUGGAAACACUAACUCCUUGAACUUAAGUUCACCAAACCCUAUGGAGAAUAAGGGAAUGCCCUUUGAAAUGGGCUUGGGGAACCCUUCCAGGAGCACUGACGCCCCUUCACAAAGCACUGGAGAAAGAAAGACUGGGAGUGUUGGAUCUUGGGGUACAGCUAGGGGGUCUUCUGGAACUGACACAGUCUCUGGACAGAGCAAUUCUGGAAACCAUGGGAACAAUGGAAAGGAUCGAGAGGACUCCUGGAAAGGAGCUUCUGUUCAAAAACCUAAUGGGUCAAGAGGUGAUUCUUGGGAUAAUAACAACCGGUCUACGGGUGGUGGGUCUUGGAACUUUGGCCCUCAGCAUGCAAAUGAAAGCAAAUGGGGUGAAGGGAACAAAUUAACAUCUGGGGUCUCUCAGGGAGAAUGGAAACAGCUGUCUGGGUCUGAUGAACUGAAGAUUGGAGAAUGGAGUGGUCCAAACCAACCAAAUUCUAGCACUGGAGCAUGGGACAAUCAAAAAGGCCACCCUCUUCCUGAAAACCAAGGCAGUUCCCAGGCUCCCUGUUGGGGAAGAUCUUCCAGCUCUGCGGGAAGUGAGGUUGGAGGUCAAAGCACUGGAAGCAACCACAAAGCAGGAAGUAGUGACAGUCACAAUUCUGGACGCCGAUCAUAUAGGCCUACGCAUCCUGAUUGCCAGGCAGUCUUGCAGACUUUGCUGAGCAGGACUGAUUUGGACCCCCGUGUGCUUUCAAACACCGGCUGGGGCCAAACUCAAAUUAAGCAAGAUACCGUGUGGGAUAUUGAAGAGAUGCCACGGCCCGAGGGGAAGUCUGAUAAAGGAACUGAGGGGUGGGAGAGCUCUGCCACACAGACAAAGAACUCAGGGGGCUGGGGUGAUGUACCCAGCCAAAGCAAUCAAAUCAAGUCUGCAUGGGGUGAGCUCUCAACCCCAACAGAGUGGAAGGACCCCAAAAAUACUGGAGGAUGGAAUGACUAUAAGAACCCCAAUUCUUCUAAUUGGGGAGGAGGAAGACCAGAAGAAAAAACAUCUUCCUCUUGGAAUGACAAUUCUAGUAAGGAUCAGGGGUGGGGUGGACGACAGCCUAAUCAAGGAUGGUCUUCUGGAAAGAACGGUUGGGGAGAGGAAGUUGACCAAACAAAAAACAGCAACUGGGAAAGUGCAGGAAACAAGCCAGUGUCUGGUUGGGGUGAAGGUGGGCAAAAUGAGAUUGGAACUUGGGGUAAUGGUGCAAAUACAGGCGCUGCUUCAAAGGGUGGAUGGGAUGAUUGUAAAAGAACUUCAACAUGGAAUGAGACGGGUCGACAACCCAACUCCUGGAACAAGCAGCAGCAGCAGCAACAGCAGGAGGCUUCUGGUUCCUGGGGUCCACCGCCCCAAACUCCAAGUAAUGGGCGACCUCCAAACACAAACUGGAACAGUGGACCACAGCCAGCUGCCCCCAAAGAAGAGGAGCCUAGUGGCUGGGAAGAACCUUCUCCACAGUCAAUCAGUCGAAAAAUGGAUAUUGAUGAUGGCACUUCAGCAUGGGGAGAUCCUAGCAGUUAUAACUACAAGAAUGUGAACCUGUGGGACAAGAACUCACAAGGAGGACAGGCCCCGCGGGAGCAGAGCCUGCCUACUCCAAUGACUAGCAAAUCACAAGCAUCAGUCUGGAGCAAAAGCACUCCACCUGCUCCAGAUAAUGGUACGUCCGCCUGGGGUGAGCCAAAUGAAACCAGUCCCGGGUGGGGUGAAGUAGAUGAUACAGGAGCAUCGACAACAGGCUGGGGGAAUGCACCUUCCAACGCCCCGAAUGCCAUGAAAUCUAGUACUAAAUCUAUGCAAGAUGGCUGGGGAGAGAGUGAUGGGCCAGUGACAGGAACACGGCAUUCCAGCUGGGAAGAGGAGGAGGAGGGAGGAGUCUGGAACACAGCAGGCUCUCAGGGAAGCAGUUCCUCCCACAACUCAACAAGCUGGGCUCAAGGUGGAAAGAAAACACAAAUGAAGUGCGCACUGAAAGGGGGAAAUAGUGAUUCAUGGAUGAACCCUUUAUCCAAACAGUUCUCAAAUAUGGGCUUGCUUAGUCAAACUGAGGACAUUCCAGGCAGUAAGAUGGACUUGUCUGUAGGUGGUCUCCCAGAUAAGAAGUUUGAGGUAGAUAAACGAGCCAUGAAUCUCGGGGAUUUUAAUGACAUGAUGAGAAAGGAUCGAUCUGGGUUCCGUCCACCUAAUUCCAAAGACAUGGGAACCACAGAGAGCGGGCCUUAUUUUGAGAAGCUGACUUUGCCUUUCUCCAAUCAAGAUGGGUGCCUUGGGGAUGAGGCUCCCUGCUCUCCCUUCUCCCCUUCUCCCAGCUACAAGCUGUCUCCCUCUGGUUCCACACUAUCCAACGUCGGCCUUGGGGCAAUCGGCUCAGGGCUCAGUCCCCAAAACUUCGCUGCUAGACAAGGUGGCAAUCAUGGUUUGUUUGGAAACAGCACAGCACAAUCGAGGGGCAUGCACACACCAGUGCAGCCACUAAAUCCUUCCCCCAAUAUCCGGGCGCAAGUGCCUCCCCAAUUUCUUUCUCCCCAGGUGUCCGCCUCCAUGCUCAAACAGUUUCCCAACAGUGGCUUGAAUCCUGGUCUUUUCAAUAUGGGCCCCCAGCUUUCUCCACAACAGAUUGCCAUGCUGAGCCAGCUUCCCCAGAUUCCCCAGUUUCAAUUAGCAUGUCAACUCCUCCUUCAGCAGCAGCAGCAGCAGCAGCAGCUGUUACAGAGCCAGAGGAAGUUAUCUCAAGCUGUGCGACAACAGCAGGAGCAACAGAUUGCUCGUAUGGUGAGUGCCCUCCAACAGCAGCAGCAGAGGCAGCCUGGCAUGAAGCAUUCGCCAUCCCACCCUGUUGGGCCUAAGCCACAUUUAGACAGCAUGGUACCCAAUCCUUUGAAUGUGGGUCUCUCAGAUUUACAGACCAAAGGGCAAAUACCUGGAUACGGUUCAGGCUUUGGCUCAAGUGGCAUGGAUUAUGGCAUGGGAGGGAAAGAGGCUGGAACAGAAUCCCGCUUUAAACAGUGGACUAUGAUGGAAGGGCUGCCUUCUGUGGCUUCACAAGAUGCCAAUAUGCACAAAAAUGGUGCAAUAGUGCCCCCUGGAAAGGCUCGUGGAGGAUCACCCUACAACCAGUUCGACAUAAUUCAGGGUGACCCACUAGGUGGCCAUGCAGGCCCUGCUGGUGAUAGUUGGUUACCUGCCAAAUCUCCACCGACGAACAAGAUUGGAAGCAAAUCCAGCAAUGCCAGCUGGCCUCCAGAAAUUCUGCCGUUCAAGAGAGCAGUAUUGUUCAGCACAAAGAUAAAUGAAGUGGUGCCCAAUCAAACUGAUAUCACAGCUGGAGAGUUCCAACCAGGAGUGCCAUGGAAAGGUAUACAAAACAUUGACCCUGAAUCUGACCCCUAUGUGACCCCUGGAAGUGUGCUGGGGGGGACAGCCACAUCUCCCAUUGUAGAUACUGACCACCAACUUCUGCGGGACAACACCACAGGGUCUAAUUCUUCCCUCAACACCUCGCUGCCUUCACCUGGUGCCUGGCCCUACAGUGCCUCUGACAAUUCCUUCACCAACGUUCAUAGCACUUCAGCAAAAUUCAGUGAUUACAAAUCAACAUGGUCCCCAGAUCCCAUAGGACACAAUCCCACUCAUCUCUCCAACAAGAUGUGGAAAAACCAUAUUUCCUCAAGGAACACUACAGGGCUGCCCCGCCCACCCCCUGGCCUGACCAACCCCAAACCAUCAUCUCCAUGGAACAGCACAGCAACACGAUCGGUCAGGGGCUGGGGGGCACAGGACUCAAGGCUUGCCUCUGGUGAGAAGAAUCAACUGAUAGCACCAUUGAUCAGACCUGAGGAGUGUACGUUUUACAGCACUAAUGGUUUGGAGGAAAGAAAGUUGCAGUUGUCUGCAUCUACUUGGAGUGAUGGUGGCUCCGUUCGUCCUAGCUACUGGCUGGUUCUUCACAAUCUCACUCCACAGAUCGAUGGGUCAACCUUGAGGACGAUCUGCAUGCAGCAUGGCCCACUGCUGACAUUCCAUCUGAACCUGACCCAGGGCACUGCCCUUAUCCGAUAUAACACCAAACAGGAGGCGGCCAAGGCCCAGACUGCACUGCACAUGUGUGUGUUGGGAAACACUACCAUCCUGGCUGAGUUCGCCACAGAUGAAGAGGUUAGUCGCUUUCUGGCACAAGCUCAGCCCCCUACACCUGCAGCAACCCCAAGUGCACCCACAGCAGGCUGGCAAUCCCUGGAGACAGGACAGAACCAGACAGAUCCAGUUGGACCUGCUUUGAAUCUCUUUGGUGGGUCAACAGGGCUUGGGCAGUGGAGCAGUGGUGGCGGCGGCAGCAGCAGUGGGAGUGAUCUCACUGGCGCUUCGUUGUGGGGUCCCCCAAACUAUUCUUCAAGCUUAUGGGGGGUCCCAAGCGUAGAGGAUCCACACAGAAUGGGCAGCCCUGCUCCCUUACUACCUGGAGACCUUCUGGGAGGAGGGUCGGAUUCAAUCUGAACUUAGAACUUUCAACUCUGACCUCGUGACCUUUUUUGGAACAGCAGCAGCACUAACUUGACCUUUUCGUUUUUUUCAACUUGCAAUAAAUACAUUUAUAAAAGGAAAAAAGAAAACGGAGAGAGAAAAAAAGGUGGGUCAUUGACAGACUGUCUGAGCACAUAGUUGCCUCCCUUAUAUAACUUCAGUUUUUUUGUUUGGAAUAUGAAUCCAAAAAGAGAACAUAUCACUCUUGAAAUACUUGAAUCAUGAACGCCAACUUAGAAAGACAAUGUGAAGCAAGUACACAUACCAUUUAAAUUUAAACACAAAAAUUAAAAAAAUUAGUUUCUAGUUUUUCACUUUUUCAUGUUAUACGGAAGUUGUUGCUAAGAAACAUAUAUACUGAAAAAAUAGCUUUUUAACUUUGUUUGCACUGGGUGUGUUUCCGUCCUUAGGUCUACCAUGUUGGGUUGGGGUAGGGGAGGGGUUCAAAAGGAAAAAAAUGGGGAGGGGGGAGGGGAAGACUUGACGGAGCCUCACUUUAAAAACAAAAAAAAUUAAACAAAAAAUUAAAAAAAACAAAAAAAAAUUUAAAAAAAAAAGGAAAAAAAAAACACAAAACAAAAAACCCAACACUUUGUGAUUGGCUGGUUGAUAAGUACCAGUGUGUUCUGGCACAUGUAACUGCCCACGUGUGCUUGUUUCUGUGUGAGUGCGUGUGCACAUGUUCGUGUGUGUGUGCAUUUUUUUUCUCUCUCUAUAUAUAAAAUCUUGAAACGCUGCAUUGCUGAUGGUCUACGGGCUGGCUGGCCAUCUGCAUGUCUUGAUUCUGAAAACAAGACAGGCAUGGUGGAGUCCCUGAGGCUGAAGCAGAGUCCAGUUGGGCUGGAUGAAAAUUUGUCAGUAGAGUUUUUAAAAUUCAUUUUUAGCAGGGUGCUAUCUUGAGUCUGCGAAUCGUAUUGAGUGGGUAGUUGCUUCCUAGACCUUGUUCUAACCCUGUGGUAGAGCAGAACACUGCCAUAUCCAAAGGAUUUGGUGAGAGGGGAGCCAGUGUUGUCUUUUGAGUAGCAGUGUAUUUAUUUAUUUAUGUCUGCAUGUGGGGGUUUUGUACUGAGUGAACCCUAGAAUGUUUGUUAUAUAAUGCAAGCCAUUUUUUUUCUUCCAACAAGGGGAAAAGGGGAGGAAAGAAGACAUUGCCAUUUUUUAUGCGGCUAAGACAAAUAUUUUCUUCAGUGUAUCUCAAGAUUCAGUACCUUUAAAAAAAGAUUAGUGUUUCUUUUCUCCCCCAAACCUAUAAAUAGGCACCCACAUUCAUUGCUGAAGAAUCCAUCAAAAGCUUGAAAGUCCAGCCCAACCAGAUUAGCCUUUUAAUUGAUUUACUGCUUGUAUUAAAACUGACAAAAAAUAAAUUGUGUCAGCAAAUUGCUGGCCGGCCUGCCUCAUCUCCUGAAAGCACAUGCAGCUAACUCCUUUCUUCGUCCUUCAUGGUGAGCGUUACCUGUGCCAGGCCUUGGUGUAUUACAGCGCCAGACCAUCACUGACAGAAACGUUUACUUACGAAUGUUCUUAAACCAGUGUGUACUUCAAAUGUUUCCUUUUGUUUCUCUGUGUUGUGUUUUUUCCUGUGUAUGUGGUUUUGCUUAGGGAGGUAUAUAACUAGCAAAGACUUUUUUUUUAAAAAAAGUAUUGCACCUUUUUGGUUUUGUUUUUACUUUUUCUGUACUGUUGCUUUUUUAAUUUCUGUAUUUAAGGAAAGGUUUGGCGUUUUUUUUAGCAGCAGUGUAGUAGUACUCUGGGCAGGAUAGGGGUGACCUAUAAUCCACAGUGAUAGCCAGUGUGUGUGUGCAUGUGUGCGCUGGGAACAAAACUUCUAAGACCUGUUGUUGUGAAAAGAGUUGUAGCAGACUUAAAGGAACAUCCCUUGACACAAAGUGGGAAGUCUUUUAGGGGGGUGGGGCAGAGGGAGAAGAGGGAGGAGAGAUGCUGGUACUUCCAUAAGUGCUAGGACUUCCAUGUGGUGUUGUCUAGCCGUUACACUGUCUAACAAAGUGCCGACAUUCUGUACCAGCACAUACCUGUCCAUUCCAGCCCUCAGUGGUAGCAGCGCUUGGGCUUUAUUAGCUGGGGGGUAGGAUAGGGGGGUCUCUUCAACAUUUUCAUUGAAGGAUAUGACAAUGUCUAAUACAUUUAACUCUAAGCAUGGGUUGGGUGGGGAGAAGCAAAACCAGAUUCAAGUAACAUGGGGGGGGAGGGGGGGUGUGUGCACGCACAUGCAUGUUGUAUGUAUGCCUGUGUGCUGGGGGUGGGAGGGAAGGUCUAGAGAGUUGCGUGGCUUUUUUAAAUUUGCCCUUUCUAUGUAAACCCAAUGUCACAAGGAAGACUGACUGAGGGAAAUGCUGCAUAUAUAUACACAUGCCUGUAGAUUUGUAUGCAAAGUGUUAAGUGACAAAAAGUAUGAGUAGGUUUGUAUUUGUUUAGUAAACUGGAGUGUGCAGCAUACUCUGGCCCCUUCUGAGUAUACUUUUCUAUCAUGUCUUCUCCAUCCAUCCCACCAUGCACAAAGAAACAAAAUGCUCUCUUCCAACUCCUGUUGGCUAGUGACCCUCGCAUGCACUCAUCCAUAAAGCUUUGUUUCUGCUAGUCUCUGCUUGAAGACCAGCUGUGUUCAGACACGAAGAGCAGGUUCUUAAAAGUCCUGUGCCAGCAGUACUUCCUAGUGAAUCACCUUUGGCCUGAGUAAGCCAGUAUCUGUUCUGUCACAUGAUUUGCUAUACAUGCUGGUUCAUUGCUGUUGUGUUCCAUGCUCACUUCUCUCUCCCAACCUGCCCUAAGGUCCCUUUUCCUGCACUUUGGGCUAGUUGAGUUCAUUGCGAUACUACGGUGAAAGCCGGGUGCUAGAGCCCCUCUUGUUUACAAGACAUAAUGAGGGAUUUGAAAUAUUUAAAAAGAAAAGCUAAAUUGUUCUUCCAUUGUAAGCUUAAAGGGAAAAAAAUUAAAACGUACAAAAAAAAAGACCAAAAAGUGCAUAUAUAUAUUUUAGAUGAAGACUAACUCUGGGAGCAUUUAACAGUGUUUUUGUUUUUAUUUUAACAUUUUAUUUUCCUGCUUUAAAUUUGCAAGCAUUCUCAGGAAUUCUAGGGUAGGAAGCCAGUUUUUUGAAGAUGGUUUAUUUAACCUUAUCCUAGAUAGAUGGCUGUUUCUUGUUGAUAAACUUUUACAAGUUCCUGAAUCUUCAAAAUGUUUGAAAGUUUUUACUUUAAAAUAAAAAUGCUAAAAAAAAAAAAUAAAAAGAAAAAAAGAAAAAAUCUCCAAAUGUUACUGUCAAGCAGGGGAUCAAGAAUUUUAAAGACUCUGUAUAAAUUAAAAUACCUUAAGAAAA